UUGCAAUUUGCAAAUUGCAAAGAUUGGUAUUUGGGCUUUUCUUCUGCUUUCUUAUAUCCGUACGUCGACGUUAAUAAGACGAAACGGAAAUGAUAAUUGUCGUUUAUUAUAACGCAACCACACGACUCCGCAAUCUUCGCCGUUGGAUGGUCUUCGGCAGCGUACGACGCCAUCUCCAGUGAAGUUUUCACGACUUAGACGACACCGCUAUCCUCGUCGUUUUCUGGUUCUCGUCGUCUUCGUCCAAGUGCUCCAUGAUUUCUGAUCGUUUCAGCAAACCCUAGCUUCGGAUAAUUCAUGUUACUGUAAGUUUAAUGGAGUCACACAUAGAUCCUGGACCAGUUGAUAAGUCUGUACUUUAUGAUCAAGAAAAUCAUAUCUCUUCAGCGAUUUGGGAUGGACAGGAGCGUGGCGUGCUUAGAUGUCACGAACACACUUCGAUGCUUGAGCAAUGGAGACUCAUACCUCAACAAGUUGAGUUGGUUGAGAAGGCCGGUUUUAAACACUUCAGAUCAAUACCGACAAUUGUUCUUGACAAUUCACUAAUAUCGGCACUUGUUGAGAGGUGGAGGAGAGAAACAAAUACAUUUCAUUUGCCUGUUGGAGAAAUGACUAUAACGCUUGAGGAUGUUGCGCUUAUACUUGGGCUACCAAUCGAUGGAAAACCUGUUAUUGGUGUACCGGUGAAGACACCCAACUCGGUAUGUGAAGACUUGCUUGGGAAAUCACCAAAGGACCUGAAUGGGGGAAUGAUGAAGUUAAAUUGGUUGAGAGAGUGUUUUUCUAGAUGUCCUGAAGAUGCACCGAUUGAAGAGAUUGAGCGCCACACUCGUGCUUACCUCCUAUAUAUUGUUGGUUGUACAAUAUUUUCCACAACCACUGGAAAUAAAGUCUCUGUUACAUUUCUUCCGCUGUUUGAAAAGUUUGAAGAAGCUGGAAAAUAUGCAUGGGGUGCAGCAGCAUUGGCAUUCCUCUAUAGAGCUCUUGGUAAUGCCUCCCUUAAAUCUCAAGGCACGAUUAGUGGCUCUUUGACGCUACUGCAGUGCUGGAGUUACUAUCACCUGAAUGUUGGCCAACCGAAGUUCAAUGAAGAGUCGAGCGAUGGCUUUUUUCCAUUUGCUCUUAGGUGGAAAGGGAGAUCAACUGGAUCAAGAUCGAAAACCAACAUAGUUGCCUACCGCAAGGCCUUGGAUUUGCUUCAACCUUUUGAUGUUAAGUGGUUUCCAUACAAAGAUUUGGAUCACGCAAUUAUACCGGAAGAUAUAAAAAACAAUCUGAUUUUACGGACUUCAAAAACGAUCCUGAUAUGCUUUGGCAAGGCAGAAAGACACCUCCCUGAUCGCUGCCUCAGGCAGUUUGGCAUGCUUCAACAUAUACCAGAGGAUGUCCAGAAAUGGGAGAGGAAGAUUCCUGCAGUUGAUCAGGGGGUAGACUUGUCCACGGAUGUAGAGUUGGGGGGCAAAGGAAAAAUGCGCUCAGAGAUCAAGGAAUGGUUAGAGCGUCGAGUCCAUAUUUUGGAAGGUAACGAUGGUGUUGAUGAAAACACGUACAUGGAUUGGUACGAGAGAAUUACCCGCAAAUAUGUGGGGAGACCUGAAUCUUUAGAAUCUGAGUUUCAGAGAAUAGCUGCUUCUAUGAGAGAUAUUGCAAGCAUAGCUGAUACAUUGCCAAGAGACCAGAUGAACCCCCAAGAUGGGGAGUUACUUGAUGAAAUCAAGAAGACGGUGCAUGUGUGCUUGACAGAUGUCGUUGGGAAUUCUAAAAAUGGCAGGGCUAAGAAUGCCGUGAAACGUAAGAGAGAGGGAGGAUGAUCCAGUUAGCAAGGACGGGUGAAGUAAGCGAUCCAGCUAGUUACCGAGGAUUUCUGAGCAUGCUGAAGGGUUUUGUUUCGUGAAAUGCAGUCUCAUGGUGCAGUAGCUUAGAGGUAUCCUGAUGAGAUAUGCACUUCCAGUAUCACCGUGGCUAAUGCAUUUAGCUGCAAAGAAGUGCUUUUUGGUGUAAGAUGGACAACUUAUUUUUAUUAACAGAACCGCCAAUCCUAGGUUUCGAUGAUUGCUCCA